CUAGGCCAGCCCAGAGCAGACUGCAGCCACCGCUGGCCCCAGGCAGCCAGGUGAGCAGCUCCCAGGUGUGUCCAGCCCAGAGCCAGCGACAUGGACCAGGACAGCAAGCUCCCCGCCAUCGACAAGCUGCAGGGGCUGCACAUCUGGGCCAUCGAGACAAUGAAGAUGGUCCCCGUCCCCGAAAAGGCCCACGGCAGUUUCUUUGAGGGCGACUGCUACGUCAUCCUGCACAAGGAGAAGGCCAGCCAGGGCCUGUCCAUCAACAUUCAUUACUGGAUCGGCAAAGACUCGACGACGGACAAGCAGGGGGCAGCAUCGGCCUACGUUGCCCAGCUGGACGGCCUGCUGGGGGACCUCCCCGUACAGCACCGGGAGGUCCAGGGCUACGAGUCGGACGUCUUCAAAAGCUACUUCAAGAAUGGCCUCAUUUACAAGAAGGGGGGUCUGGCCUCCGGCUUCAAGCACGUGGAGACCAACAUGUACAACAUCCAGAGACUCCUGCACAUCAAGGGCAAGAAGCCUGUGUCGGCCACAGAGGUGGACCUGUCCUGGGACAGCUUCAACAAAGGAGACGUCUUCCUCCUGGACCUGGGGAAGGUGCUGAUCCAGUGGAACGGUCCCGAAGCCAACUUGUCUGAGAAAUCCCGGGGACUGGCCUUGGCCCGGCACAUCCGGGAUGGAGAGCGGGGCGGCCGUGCCCAGAUCGGGGUGGUGGACGAGGAGCAGAACUCAGCCGACCUGAUGCAGAUCAUGGAGACGGUGCUGGGGCCCCGGGCCAGCUCGCUCCGGGACGCCAUCCCAGAUGAGAAGGUUGACGAGUUCCAGAAAGCCAACCUCCGGCUUUACCACCUGUAUGAGAAAGACGAGGACCUGGUGGUGCAGGAGAUUGCCACGCGGCCGCUGACCCAGGACCUCUUGCAGCAUGAGGACUGCCACAUCCUGGACCAAGGAGGCUUCAAGAUCUACGUGUGGCAGGGCCGGGGCUCCAGCAAGGAGGAAAAGAAGGUGGCCUUCAGCCGGGCAGUGGGCUUCAUCCAGGCCAAGGGCUACCCAGCCACAACCAAUGUGGAGGUGGUGAACGAUGGCUGGGAGCCCGCCGCCUUCAAGCAGCUCUUUCAGCACUGGACAGAAAAGGAGCCGCUGGAGCAGCUGGGCAGGGGCUACACCCCAGGCAAGAUUGCCAAAGUGGAGGCCAUGAAGUUCAAAGUGACCCACCUGCAGGGACAGCCUGAGCUGGCUGCACGCCAGAGAAUGGUGGAUGAUGGCUCCGGGAAGAUGGAGGUGUGGCGCAUUGAGGACCUGCACAAAAAGCCGGUGGACCCCAAGAAGUACGGGCAGUUCCAUGGGGGGGACUGCUACCUGGUCCUCUACACCUACCAGAAGGCCGGCCGGCCCCAGUACAUCAUCUACCUCUGGCAGGGAUGCCAUGCGUCCGUGGAUGAGGUCAUGGCUUUGGCUCUCAAUGCCACUGAACUGGACCACAUGUACCAAGAGGAAACCGUGCAGGUCCGGGUGACCAUGGGCAAGGAGCCUCGGCACUUCCUGGCCAUCUUCAAGGGGCGGCUCAUUGUGUUCCAGGAUAGCACAAGCCAGGAUGGCUGUGUGGACCCCAAGUCGACCACCCAGCUGUUCCAGGUGAGGGGCACAGAUGAAUAUAACACCAAGACCACCGAGGUGCCACCCCGAGCCUCCUCCCUCAAUUCCAACGAUGUUUUCCUGCUCGCCACCAGAGAAAUCUGCUACCUGUGGUGUGGGAAGGGCUGCAGCGGAGACGAGAGGGAAAUGGCUCGGAUGGCGGCGGAAAUCAUCUCUGCGCAGGACAAGCAGACAGUGCUAGAGGGCCAGGAGCCCCUCGGCUUCUGGGAGGCACUGGGGGGCAAAGCCCCGUAUGCCAGUGAGAAGAGGAGCCAGCAGAAGAGCUCCCACUACCAGCCCCGGCUCUUUGAGUGCUCCAGUCAGACAGGCCGCUUCAUCAUGACAGAGAUCAUGUUCUUCAGCCAGGACGACCUGGAUGAAGACGACAUCAUGUUACUGGACACCUGGGAAGAGGUCUUCCUGUGGAUUGGGAAAGACUGCAGCCCGUAUGAGAAGAAAGAGUCGGUGACGAUGGCGCGAGAAUACCUGAAGAGCCACCCAGCGGGCAGGGACCCGGCCACCCCCAUCAUUGUGGUCAAGCAGGGCCACGAGCCCUUCACCUUCACUGGCUGGUUCAGUGCUUGGGACCCCUACAAGUGGAAUAACGACAGAUCCUACGAGCAGCUGAAGAGCAGCCUUGGGGACAUGUCCGCCAUCUCGGAGAUGACCAUGGAACUCAACAACAUCAAUCUGAUCCAGUGGCUGGCAGAUGGACGACCUGGCAACCCUGGGGAGGGGGCUCCUGGGACCCCCGCGGGGGCCCCCGCCAUGGCCCCGAAGCCAAUCGGCAGCAACCCAACCUCCAGCUCCAGCAGCCCCAGAAGCAGCUACUACAGCAGCAAUAGCAAUUACAACAGCGAGCUGUCCCCGGUGCCCCCCUCCGUGGAAGCGGCUACCAUCCCUGCCACCGUGGGCACCUUCCCCCGGGAACAGCUGAUCCACAAAGCCGUGGAGGACCUCCCCGAUGGGGUGGACCCAUCCAAGAAAGAGCAUUAUCUUUCAGAUUCAGACUUCCUAGAUAUCUUUGGCAAGUCCAAGGACGAGUUCUACCAGAUGGCCAAGUGGAAGCAGCAGAACGAGAAGAAGCAGCACGGCCUGUUUUAGGGUCCCAGCAUGCUUGGGACAUGCACCCCCCGGCCCCGGGGCCCCAGCGGGCCUUUGCCGCCCCCAGAACUCCUCGUUCCAGCACACGGGGGUCCCCGAGAGCUCCAGAGGCUGAGCUGAGGAGGAGGAAGGGCAGCCUGCCGUGCCCUCGUGGUGCCCUCGGCGGAGCCCGGCUGCCAGCCCCCACUCCCCUGCACCCCGCAGUCUGACAAUAAAGGCUUGCCACCCUUC